CCUCGCAUCGGGGCGGCAGUCGAGGCUCGUCAGUCGACCAAGUAAUACGUAUCCUGUUGAUCGUCGGUAUAAGUGUGUAACGAACAACGUGUAUAUAAAGAUAAACGCGAAACGGAAGAAAAAACGUAAAAUUUAAUUGCUUGCAACGGUGAAAAGUAAUAAUUGUGCUCGCCUCGAAGUUUUUACGUUGUUUUUUCGUUCGUAUUGCCUCGUAUAGUUUCGGUCGUGAGUGUUAUCUUUAUUUCGUUUAUUUUAUGUGGUGUUCCAUUCGAAUCGAGAAUUUGAUUAAUCGACCGUGUAUACUGGACACAAUUCCUUUCCCUUUUUAACUAUAGAAGAAGAAAUUUGCUUUUCGAUUCAAUAGGAAGAAGGAUGAGUAGGAAACGACGUAUAUGACGCCGUAUCAUCGUAUCGCGAUGAGGUCCAAGAUGAGAAGUUGCAAAUCUCUCUAACAUCGAUGAUAAAUGCUCUUGCCCGAAAGAUAACCAAGCUCCAACCCGAAUCUAGUCGAUCAGAAAUUUCGAUUUCCUUUAGACAAGUACGAUGAUCUCACAGGAAGCGGAAGAAUCAUGGUCCAUGGCGAAGAUUCGAAGAAGUAACGAUUUAUCGAUUGGUCCGUGUGUCAGCAGGCUGGUGGAACGUCGAAUCGUUUGAUAAUUUGAUUAUUUUGCCGCGAAACGACGUUAACCAUGGCAAGAGACAGGCGUGUAAUCGCCGACACGGCAGCCACUCACCUAACAAGCGCGAAGAAAUCGCGUUGGGGGGAAAAGGAGAUCGUCUAGGGAUCCCUAGCAAUUGGAUAUCUAUCUAAGGACAAGAGAGAAAGGAAAAAGUGACAUUGCGGAGAAAUAAUCGUUCGUAUUCCCAUCUAGCAAGGCUCGAUUGAAAACAAGUCGGUUGGAACAGCGUGGAUCCAUUCGGAACAGUGAGCAUCGAAAUGAAGCUAGGAGAUAACAUGACUAUGGAUGCGUGCAACGUAUGGGGCAACGCUCCUCCGCGAAAAUGUCGGCCACCGAAAAUCGGCGAUAUUCCAAAACACACCGCGAUCGACGAAGAGUCUCCAGGUUCCAUCCCAAAAUCGUUGACAAUCGCCGCGCCAACUUCGAGGGACGCUUCCCUGGACAUUCCUCUGGAUAGAGAAAAUCUCGUUUUCCCAUUGCCUUCCACCGCCUCCACCGACCAACGUCCUUCCAUCCGAAAAUUCGAAUCGAAAGCAAUUCUAUCGUGCAAGGAAUCGUCCAUCAAGUUCCAGUAUCCAUCCACGAAACGUGAAUCCCAACAACCCGUGAACAUUUUCAACAAAUCCUUCCGUUCACCAGAACAGACCAAACUUCCAACGAAGAAAUCGCCAGAUGGGGGCAAGCAAAAGGACCAGACGAGAGAAAGAUUCGCCGAUUUGGAAGGGAAAGUGACCAUCAAGUUGCCAUCUGACGAAUUGACCACGUUUGGAUCAUCCAAAGAUCACGAAGAUUCCAUCACCAGGAUUCCAUCCAGCCCGGAGGACAUUUCUGAUCAAGAGAUCGUCGAAGUGAGAAAGGACAGUGCCUUGUUUCUGGAGGAGGCCGAAGGAUUGCCCACCCUUCGAGAAAUUUUGAAAUCCAAGGCCCCAAGAGUGGUGAGACCUAGGAGAGAGAGCAGUGGAUACGCGAGUAAUUUGGGGACGUUCGACGAGGAGAGAAGGAAUUCGUCGACCGUGGAUGUGUUGCAAGAUUUGUCGUUCAUCAAGGAGAGGCGCAGAUCCUCCACGACUAAACGAUUGAGUUCGAGAGUGAUAUUGGGGAGAGGCGAAGAAAGCUUGACAGAGGACGUCGAGGUUGGAAGCAUGCCUACCACAGAGUUGCAUAGAAAGGUGUCCGGAGCUGGACUCGAGAUGCCUAACAUAGAGGAAGUUAAGGAGAUUCUCAGAGAUGAAGCUCCUUCUAGGGAGGAGAGCCUGGAUAAUUUGUCUGGAUUGACAAAACGUAUCAAUUCUGAAGACUUCUCCACGCAUUGUCGUCUAAGCGAUUUAGCAGAUCGAGGCGACUGUUCAAAAGACAGAUCAGAAGUACCAUCCACUAAAUGCCAAGAAUCAUCGACCAUCUUCGAUCCUUACGAUUCUAUAAACCGCUUUUCUCCAACUUCGACGAGUCAAACACCAUUUAUUCUUUGCACCACGCCAACGAUUUUUCACGAUUCUCGAAAUACCGAUACGAAACGCACGGACGGUGUGUCGAUCGAUCGAUCGAAAGAUAUCAAUCCCGAGAGGGUCAGAACUGUCAUGUCAAAAAUCAACGAAACGCCACUCGACAAAAUCUCUGUGAUUCAGAGGAAGGAAGAAACGAUGAAGCAAUCCGUCAGAGAGAAUAUUGUUCCACGACCGAUCAAGAUGUACCAGUUGCUUUCCACCCAGUCUGAAGACAGGGUAGAGGGCGAGCUGCAGUUGGACAGAAGGAUAUUUCAAAUUUCGAAACAAGAUGACACGAGUGCGGUGAUAUCUUCGACGAAACAUCCUUUGAACAAGUCUUCGAGCGUUUUCACGCUGAAAAGCAGCGCUUCUGGGGACAUUCAGACGUUGACGUGUGGCGAAACUGCGGACGAUUCGAACGUUAGGAAAGCGAUUUCACCUGGAGAGGUGGGAACCAGUCAGAGUUUUCUUGGAGAUGCCUCGAGUGUCUCUGUGAGACCUAUUUAUCCUUAUUGCCCUUAUUCUCCGUAUGGAAGUCCUCAGGGAUCACCCAGAAACAGGAGGAGGCCUUUGAGGGAGAGCAGGAGAGUUUCCAUCGACAACAAACAGGGGGCUCUUCAACUGAAUCAAUAUAAAUUGUUGGACAACAUUGGUCAGGGUUCCUACGGGAUUGUAAAACUAGUUUAUAACGAAGAAGACGAGACCCAAUACGCGAUGAAGAUUCUGAGCAAGAAGAAACUGAUGAAGAAGGCGGGGAUAUUCGGUCGGAUGGCUCCGGGGAGAAAGGGUGCGGCCAACCCUUUGGCCAAAGUCUACAGGGAGAUCGCGUUGUUGAAGAAACUGGAUCAUCCGAACGUGGUGAAAUUGGUCGAAGUUCUCGACGACCCGGACGAGGAUAAUCUUUACCUUGUUUUCGAAUUGGUCCAGAGGGGAGAGAUCCUUCAGGUGCCCACCGACAAACCCCUCGACGAGGAAACUGCCAGGAAGAAUUUUCGUGACGUUGUAAUGGGCGUGGAAUAUCUGCACUACCAGAGGAUAGUGCAUCGCGACAUAAAACCGAGCAACCUGUUGGUGGACAGCGACGGUCGGAUUAAGAUCGCCGAUUUAGGGGUUAGCGCAGAGCUCAGGGCGUCCGGAGAAUUGUUGUCGGGGCCGGCCGGAACACCGGCGUUUGCUGCACCCGAAACAACCACGCCUGGCGCCCAUUAUUCCGGAACGUUGUGUGACGUAUGGUCAAUGGGAGUGACAUUGUAUUGUUUGGUGACCGGAAGAAUACCUUGGGAUGGAGCCGGAAGUAUAAUUGGCGUUCAAGCGGCAAUACGCAGUGAACCGUUAAAAUUUCCAGAGAAACCAGCCCUUUCGCAAAGUCUCCGCGAAUUGAUCUCAAAAAUGCUAGCCAAAGAUCCGGCCGAAAGGAUCACGCUGUCAGAGAUGAAGGAACACGUUUGGCUGACCAAUUGUGGCGCUGAACCACUGCCAAUCGAAGCUGACAACUGUCGACUUCCGGUUACCGUUACGGAUGAAGAAGUGGAACGAGUGGUUACGAGAAUACCCAAACUUGACACUUUGAUUCUUAUCAAAACUAUGCUGAAGCAGCACAGUUUUCAAAAUCCGUUCUUGCCGAAGAAGGGUGGAAAACCGGCGAACACGGCGGCGGAUAGCAUAGAAUUAUCCCCAUCGGAAAGAGCCGAGGAAAUCUCACAGGAGAAGAAAAUAAUUAGGAACGUAAAGACAGAGCAGUUUCAAAGAACAGGUAGAAGCAAUUCCGCCCCGGAUUCUUAUGAUUGGCAAACAAAUGGCAGACAAAUAUCUACAGAAAGUCCUCUACCUCCGGUGACAGAAGCAUCCAUUCAGGAAACGGAAAUAGAGAAACGGUGAUAUCACGGAUCAACAUGACGAGGAAAACCACAAUCAACCAAUUAGUUGAUAAAAAAAACGGUAUGAGCCGACUAUAACAUUCAAUGACCAAAUGAAAUUAAUUCUAUAUACUUAUUAUACAUUGUAUAUUUGAAAAUUUAUAUUUCAUUUUUUUUCUAUUUUUCUUUGAUUUCUAACAACUAAAAAUUGAUUAUAGAUAUCUGGAAGGAAUAUUUUCACACAUAAUAUUAUUAUAUGUAAAGGAUAUACAAAAUUUCGGUUUAAAAAUUCGAAAAUCCACAUGAUUGCAAUAAAUCAUUAAGUUUUUUUUUGAAAUAACUUCGAAAUAAUCGUUUUUUCGGCGAAAAUAGUUAUAUCCUUUAUUUCAAAGUAUUGCAUCAUGUACUAUAAUGAUUUUUUUUUUAGCGUAUCGAUUAUUUUUCAUUUAUUCUGAAUCAAUUAUUUCAUGGUAAUUACAAUUGCAAAUGAUUUCAAACAACGUUCGUUUAUGAAUUCACUUUAAACAGUACUACUUCUUCGAUUUUCGAAACUGAAAGUAAUAUUACAAAUAAUUAAACAAAUUAUUGGAUGAAGGAAUAUGUUAAAAUUAAUUU